AUGCAUCGGUCCUCAUUUAUCAUCUGCACCACUUUUGAUCUAUUCAACUACCUGAUUAGUUUAGCUAGUUGCGUGUCAAGUGAUCAAUCAUCUCAGGGUGCAGAACGUGUCGAGGAAGCCUUGGGUAUUUUGAAGGAUGAUAAAGAAUUUGAAGAAUUCGAAAAAGAGUUCUGGUCUCCUUCUGAAGAGGAGGCUUCAGAUCUUCAUGUUUGGGAUGAUAAAUGGGAUUGUGAAGUUGACUCAGACGACCAAUUCACUGAAUAUUUAAGGGGGGAAUUAAUCAAACUUGGUCAUUCACAGAAUUCAAAUAGUUGAUGUUAUUGAAAUCUUGUGUUUUUUUAAUCUUGUUUUAAUACCUUUCUAAGUGAUCUUCGUUACUAUUGUUGUACUCAAAAUACAUCCUUCAUACAUC